GUAUGCACACUAUCAACAAGUUGGAAUAAUGUUAUUGUUCCAAAUUUUCAUAUAAAUAAAACACAAUUUUUUUCGUGUAGAAUUACAUUAAAAACAGCAAUUGUUGAGGUUUAAAAGUAUAUUAAAUCAUACAUUUUUUUAUUUAUCUGAUCAACAUAUACGUCAAACGCCCCUUUGAAUUCGAGCCGUGGUGUGUAGUGUGCCCCAUUCGUUGUUUGUUAUGUUCAGACUUAGAAAAAUAGCAUGAUACGUUAUUAGGUGAUUUAUCGUAUACAUAAAAACUGUUUCGGAGUGGAAUUAGUUUACGAACUUACUAAGCAGCAACCUCCAGUGUGGUAACUAACAGAGGCUUAAUACACCGGUCACAUUACAUAACAUGGGAGGCGGAACGUCCAGGGCUGAUGCCCCAUCGACGAAUCGAAAAGAUCCGGAUUUCACCCGUUUCCAGGCACGGGUCGAUCGAGUGUACAUAGGAGGCCUAAAUCGAACGCACGACGACUACGUACAGCGUGCGGUACGUCACCUGUUCAAGGCACACAACUUCCAGGACGUUAUCGUAGAAACGGCAAACGUCAAGGAUGAGCUGUUGCGCCUGGGCAUCUACAAGAACUUGCGCAUCUCGAUCGAUACCAGCAAAGGUGAGGGAGCGAGCAAAAACGGCUACACGGUGAAGUUCGAGGGUGACGAACUUUCCCGAAUAACUGGCAACGUCGGUGUAGAAGUUGGCCAAAACGAUGGUGCAGCUACGACCGAGCUGGUCACACCGAACUUGUUCGGGCGGGGUGAACGAUUAAGCAUCAAUUUGAGCCGCAGCUAUGUGCGCAACAGUGUUGCGAAUGUGAAGUUCACCAAACCCUUCCUGCAUACGGCUGUUGGCGAUUACGAACCAGAAACCUCAAUUACCUUGUUCCGGCAUGCAUCACCUCAUCCGUGGUCCAAGUACCGUCUCGAAGACAAUGGUAUGCUGUUGGAUUUUUCCUUCGCUAUACCAUCGUUUGGCUUCAGCAACAGCCUCCAGUACGAGCUGGGCAUGAAGGAACUGUUUGCACUCGACAAACAGACACCUUUCUUCGUGCGCGAACACUGUGGCCCACGGCUCGUGUCCACCUUCCGCUACAUCGGCCAGUACGACGGACGGGACGAUAGCGUGUUUCCUUCGAACGGUGUGUACGUGAAGGGUACGGCCGAACUGAUCGGCAGCCAGCUAUCCCAGCUCGGUAUCGUCCGGCAGGAGAUGCACGCGGAACUGAACGUACCACUGUUCCUGGGCGCAUCGUUGCAACUGUGCGGACGCCUUGGUACGAUACUGCAUGAUAAGCGCAAGGAAUCGUUACCUAUCCAUCAGCUGUUUUUCCCCGGUGGACCGCAAACGUUGCGUGGUUUCGAGCUGGCUGGGGCCUGUCCACGGCGUGACGGCAUUGCGGCCGGUUGCCAAAUGUACUGGGCAACCGGAUUGCACAUGUGGAGCCCGUUACCGUUCAACCAGUACUUUGGCGGCUUUGGCAAUUUGUUCCGGACGCAUGCCUUCUAUAAUAUUGGCACGUGCGAUAAUUACACCACAGAUAAACUGCGCAGCACGGCCGGCAUCGGCAUUGCGUUCCGGAUGGGCCAGAAAGCGCGUAUCGAAUUCAACUACUGCCAACCACUGUCGUCCGAAGCGGGCGAUCGCGUGGUGAAAGGGUUCCAGUUCGGUAUAGGUUACGAGUUUAUCUAAAGAAACGAAACAAAACUGCUUACUUCCUUCAGGUUCUGAACCACCCGUCGAAACGUUUCCCUCUGUUUCCUCUACUAUCACCUUUCCCGCCAGAAGCUUUUUGCAUUUGUGUUCGUAUGUAUUUUAACGCAUUUUCUCCCUGAUGGGUCCACUGGGGCCAUCGUGCAUUGCUGUUCCAACCCACGAGUCAGUAUGUUUAAGUUAUGACACCACGAGCAGAGUGAAUAGAUAAAUUCAAAGAGAAAUAUAAUGAAAAAAUUAAUAUAAAUGAGUUUCUACUAUAAAAGCUGAUGACAGGACCACCGUUUCAUGCGAGACCU